CGGCCGCGCCAGCCCCCGCGCCGCCGCCGCCGUUCCCGCCGCCGCAGAUCUAACUGCCGCUCCAGCCCCGGCCCCGGCUCCUCAGGGCCCGCCCGCAGCCCCGGCAGCCGCCGCGCCUGAGCGCAGCCCCCGCCCGGAGCCCGAGCCCCAAGCCCGGAGCCAACCCCAGCCCCGCGGCCGCCGCGGCUGCGGAGAGAGGGGGUGGGGGGGCGAUGCUGCCAGAGCCGCCGCCGCCGCCGCCGCCUCGGUGAGAGCCGCGCCGCGCCGCGCGUAGCCGCACAGGCUGACAGGCAAAAGGACUGACUUCCCUCUCCCAGGCAUCCUCCCUGGGCUGCCGGGAGGCGGCGGCGGAGGAGGAGAAGGAAAGGGGGGUGAAGGCGGAGAGCAGGAACGCGAGAAGGUGGACCUGGAUCCGUUUCUCCGGGCCAGGACCCGAGCGGCCCCAGCUACCGCUACCCGCCGGCGCCUUCAGCUAUCCAUCAGCCCUCCUGCGCCCACCCGCGACCCCAGGCUCUCUGCGCGUCGGGCCGGGGCCGGAGCGGCGCGGCCGGAGACAGCCUGGCCUCCUGGUGAUGCUUAUACCCUGCUAAGUGUUGGUGGCUAUCAAGGAUUCUGCAUCCUGGGGACGAAUCCCGAGCUUGCCAGAGACGGACGGCGCAAGGUCCGGCCUCUGUUUCCCCGUGAGGAGCAGCCACGGCCCACCGAGAUGUCCCGGCACCACAGCCGCUUCGAAAGAGAUUACCGAGUGGGCUGGGACCGCCGCGAGUGGAGUGCCAACGGGACGCAUGGGACCACCAGCAUCUGCAGUGCCACCGCCGGAGCCGGUGGCGGCACAGCCAGCAGCCUCAGCGCCCGGCCGGGCCUCCUGCCGCUGCCCGUGGUGCCCUCCCGGCUGCCCACGCCCGCCACGGCCCCCGCGCCCUGCACCACCGGCAGUGGCGAGGCCAUCACCAGCCUCGUGGCCAGCUCUGCCUCCGCCAUCACCACCAAGGCCCCCGGCAUCUCCAAAGCAGACAAUCAGUCCCAGGGACUCACGACCAGCAUCCGGUGGGGGCAGACGCCCAUCAAUCAGUCCACGCCUUGGGACACUGAUGAGCCACCUUCCAAACAGAUGAGGGAGAGCGACAAUCCAGGCACAGGGCCAUGGGUGACCACAGUGGCCGCCGGGAGCCAGCCUGCCCUGAUCGCACACUCCUAUGGAGUGGCCCAGCCUCCCACCUUCAGCCCAGCUGUGAACGUCCAGGCCCCGGUCAUUGGGGUGACCCCCUCACUGCCUCCCCACGUGGGGCCCCAGCUCCCGCUGAUGCCAGGCCACUACUCGCUCCCACAGCCGCCCUCACAGCCACUGAGCAGCGUGGUGGUCAACAUGCCUGCCCAGGCCCUGUAUGCCAGCCCACAGCCCCUGGCUGUUUCCACACUGCCCGGUGUGGGGCAGGUGGCCCGCCCAGGACCCACCGCUGUGGGCAACGGCCACCUGGCAGGGCCCCUGCUGCCUCCACCACCGCCGGCCCAGCCGUCUGCCACUCUCCCCAGCGGUGCCCCCGCCACCAAUGGGCCCCCCACAUCAGACUCGGCCCACGGGCUGCAGAUGCUACGGACCAUUGGCGUGGGGAAGUAUGAGUUCACCGACCCCGGGCACCCCAGAGAAAUGUUGAAGGAAUUGAACCAGCAGCGCAGAGCGAAAGCGUUUACAGACCUGAAAAUUGUUGUUGAAGGCAGAGAGUUUGAAGUCCACCAAAAUGUUCUAGCUUCCUGCAGCUUGUAUUUCAAGGACCUGAUUCAAAGGUCGGUGCAAGAUGGUAGCCAGUGUGGCCGGGAGAAGCUGGAGCUCGUCCUGUCCAACCUGCAGGCCGAUGUCCUCGAGCUGCUGCUGGAGUUUGUCUACACAGGCUCCCUGGUCAUCGACUCGGCCAACGCCAAGACUCUGCUGGAGGCGGCCAGCAAGUUCCAGUUCCACACCUUCUGCAAAGUCUGCGUGUCCUUUCUUGAGAAGCAGCUGACGGCCAGCAACUGCCUGGGGGUGCUGGCCAUGGCCGAGGCCAUGCGGUGCAGCGAGCUCUACCACAUGGCCAAGGCCUUCGCGCUGCAGAUCUUCCCCGAGGUGGCGGCCCAGGAGGAGAUCCUCAGCAUCUCCAAGGAUGACUUCAUCGCCUACAUCUCCAAUGACAGCCUCAACACCAAGGCCGAGGAGCUCGUGUACGAGACCGUCAUCAAGUGGAUCAAGAAGGACCCUGUGUCCCGCGCGCAGUACGCCUCGGAGCUCCUGGCAGUGGUCCGCCUCCCCUUCAUCCACCCCAGCUACCUACUCAACGUGGUUGACAACGAGGAGCUGAUCAAGUCAUCGGAAGCAUGUCGGGACCUGGUCAACGAGGCCAAACGCUACCACAUGCUGCCCCAUGCCCGCCAGGAGAUGCAGACGCCCCGAACGCGGCCCCGCCUCUCGGCAGGUGUGGCCGAGGUCAUCGUCUUGGUUGGGGGCCGUCAGAUGGUGGGGAUGACCCAGCGCUCGCUGGUGGCCGUCACCUGCUGGAACCCACAGAACAACAAGUGGUACCCCCUGGCCUCACUGCCUUUCUAUGACCGCGAGUUCUUCAGUGUAGUGAGUGCGGGGGACAACAUCUACCUCUCAGGUGGGAUGGAAUCAGGGGUGACGCUGGCCGAUGUCUGGUGCUACAUGUCCCUGCUCGAUAACUGGAACCUUGUCUCCAGAAUGACGGUCCCCCGCUGUCGGCACAACAGCCUUGUCUACGAUGGGAAGAUUUACACGCUCGGGGGACUCGGCGUGGCAGGCAACGUGGACCACGUGGAGAGGUACGACACCAUCACCAACCAAUGGGAAGCAGUGGCCCCUCUGCCCAAGGCGGUGCACUCAGCAGCAGCCACAGUGUGUGGCGGUAAGAUCUAUGUGUUCGGUGGUGUGAAUGAGGCGGGCCGAGCUGCCGGCGUCCUCCAGUCUUAUGUCCCACAGACCAACACAUGGAGCUUCAUCGAGUCCCCAAUGAUUGACAACAAGUACGCUCCUGCCGUCACCCUCAACGGCUUCGUUUUCAUCCUGGGCGGGGCUUAUGCCAGAGCCACUACCAUCUACGACCCUGACAAAGGGAACAUUAAGGCGGGCCCCAACAUGAAUCACUCUCGCCAGUUCUGCAGUGCCGUGGUGCUCGAUGGCAAGAUUUAUGCAACUGGAGGCAUUGUUAGCAGUGAGGGGCCUGCCCUGGGCAACAUGGAAGCCUACGAGCCUGCAACCAACACAUGGACCCUCCUCCCCCACAUGCCCUGCCCUGUGUUCAGACACGGCUGCGUCGUGAUAAAGAAAUAUAUUCAAAGCGGCUGACAUCAGCAGAAAGCCCACGACGAGACUGUGGACGCAUCUGGUGAGGCAAAUGCUACUCACAGAGGUCAAUUUUCAGCAACACCAAUAAGGGGCCGACCGACACAAUCGAGGAACUCACUGCUCUAAACAUUUUGAAUACUCUCUACACUGAAUGUAGAAAAUCAUCCUCACCUUUGGGGGAAAUGGGGGCGUAGCCUCCAAGCAGCAGGAACCACAACCAUCUGAGCAAGCGAGCCAGGCCUUGGGGGCUCCUGCAGAGGGACUUGCUCUGAACGGAGGCGCUCACUCUGCCCGGUGCAAUAGAGUUCCACGUAUUUUUCAACUGGGAGAGAGAAGCUGUUUUUUCCUUCCUGCAGAGCAAGCUUGAUCCCCAGCCAACCAUAGUUAUCCUAGGACAAUGUAGGCAUCAGGCUCUCUUGGAAUAAGAUCAAAGUGUCCUUAUCACUUUGAUUCCUACUUUUGUAUUUAAACAAUCUACACAUCCAGUGGCUGACAGAAAACAAGGAACAAUACUAUGGGGCACGAGGCCUAGGAGGCUGCUGGUCCCCGCUGGGUCGAAGCAAAGUCCAGCCGCCGCGAGGAGCCAGAUGUGACUGGAGCAGCCCUGCAGGGGCAGCCGCGGGCGGGGACAGCUGGGGACAGCCGUCUGUCCCUUCACAGGGUUUUCUACCAUGUUUUUGCUGGAGAAGGACAAGGUGAUUGUGCUAGCUUUCUGUUACCCAAUAUGAGUUAUUUAGGUUUCCAAGGCAUUUUCUUGAUAAACAAAAGGCUAUUUUUAAGUACCGAGAGAAAGCGGCAGCCACGAGAGGGAUAAUGCAGGAAUUCCCAAAGCUCUUUGUAGGUAGUGCCAGAGUGGGGCAUUUGCUCUAAUUUUUCUAUGUGCAGAAUAGAGGAUCUCUCCUGGGGGGGUGUGAAUGACCCCGUUUUAUUUUUAGAAAAAGUAACUCCCAGACAGCCCCAUAAAAGCUGUGCCUCAUGGAGGCACUGUCAAAGGAAGAAGACUCUGUUCCAGAAGGAAACCAGUUCUGGCUCGUGACACCAGUCCAGCUCCCUCCAUGAGGUAAAGCUGAGGACCCAGGCCGGGUUGGAAGGGAAGGAGGGAGAAUAAAUGUCUGCAAAGCACAGGAGACUAUUUUUGAUAUUUAUAGCUAUAUAUUAAGGCACCUGCCACAAGAGCUCUCAGGAUGGGGACAGCCUUCUUAGACGAGCCAAGGCCUGAGGGGCAAGAGCAGAAUCACUCUUCUUGUAGCAUAUUAACCCGAGAAGGGGGAGCCAGGAGGGAGGUCACACCGUGGCUCAAAGAGGAAGGCCUUCCCGCUAGUCCUCAGACCCACAAACCUCACGCGGUGACCAGUUUCCAUUCCAGGGCACGAAGGAUGCGGCUGCCACUGCUGCGCUGUUUAGUUGGAGUUGGUACCAAAUAACACAUUUACCAUUUUUAUAUCUGGGAAGUCAACUUGCCGUCAUUUCAUAAUAAUAAUAAAAAAAACCAUUUAUAUGGAGAAGAGGACAGGACGUGCUUUCCAUCUUUCAGUAUUUGAUGACACAAAAUUCCGAUUCCAAUGUCGGGCAUCAACUUCUAGCACUACAAGUGUGGCUCCCACUUGGACAAGAUACCGAGCUUCGUUAUGCAGUUUUUAAUAUUAUUUAUUCUUUUAAAAAGUAAUAAGCACAAAACUACAUACAUUGUAUGUCAUUUAAAGUAUUUAUGUCAAACAGGGUGCAAGUGUGAACCCAAGGACUGGAGCACAAAUUUCUAACUGCCUGGGGCAGGGCUAACGUUAGCGAUGAUGUGCGUCUGCCUCCAAAGGAGGUGCUAGUGGUCAGCAGGACUCACACAGAUGACACUGAGAUUCCGUUUCUCUCCUCAUCUAUCACACUGGAGCAAAACUGGCUAUUUCUGUGAAUGAUAUAAAACAGGGUUCUCUGUAAUGGUAUUGUACAUAGUAUACGUUUAUUGUUAAGUUCUUGUUAUAUUAUAAUAAAUAUAUUUAUAGAUCUAGAC